UUCUACAGUGGUGGGUUUAUAGGUAUGUUUCACACCUGGAUGCAGAGUUUUUUUUCUUCUCAUUUAGGUUACUCCUCGGUCUGCGACAGACAGAGGAAGGCCACACUUCCUUCCCUUCCAGAGAGCAGUAAAGAAGCUUGCCAGCUGGAACAAGAGCAUGUUCAUCGUGUCUAUGAUUUGAUUGCAAGGCACUUCAGCAGCACAAGACACAGCCCAUGGCCACACAUCAUGGAGUUCCUGAAAGCUUUGCCAAGUGGUUCUAUAGUGGCAGAUAUUGGAUGUGGAAACGGAAAGUACCUUGGCAUCAACAAGGAGUUAUAUAUGAUUGGGUGUGAUCGUAGCCAGAACCUUUUGGACAUUUGUAGAGAGAGGGAGUUUCAGGCCUUAGUCUGUGAUGCACUGUCUAUUCCAUUCCGAAGUGGAUCUUUUGAUGCUUGCAUCUCCAUUGCUGUCAUUCAUCAUUUUUCAACUGCGGAACGUAGAGUGGCAGCUCUCCAAGAACUUGUCCGUCUCCUGAGACCUGGUGGUCAGGCCCUCAUAUAUGUCUGGGCAAUGGAACAAGAAUAUAAAAAUCACAAAUCCAAGUACCUUAGAGGAAGCAAAACUUGCCUACAAGAUAAACAGGAGAUAAACAAUGUCAUAGUCACUGAAGGAUUGCUAGUAAAUCAAAUGUCUGAUGAAGGUAGUGAAGACCUAGCAUCUUCUGUCCCCUCCACUGAUAAUAUCAAGGAAAAAGGAUUCAAGCCAAGGAAAGUUCAAAAUUCUGAGCUUCCUGUUCAUACAAACCGGACUUCUUUUCAUUCCCAAGAUGUGCUGGUUCCAUGGCACCUCAAGAGAAAUCCUGGUAAAGAGAAAGCUGCUGAGCCCUUUGGCUUAGCAGGAUACCCUGAUCCAUGUCCUGUGUUUCAUCGUUAUUACCAUGUUUUCUGUAAUGGAGAAUUGGAGGCUUCCUGCCAGGCUCUGGGUGAUGUUAGCAUUCUGCAGAGCUACUAUGAUGAGGGGAACUGGUGUGUUGUUCUUCAAAAGGUCUGAUCUGAACAUAUCAGGUGUAAAGAAAAAAUGCCUAUCUGCUUCUUCAAAGGAGGCUAAAUUAUCCCUUUAACUAAUGAGGAAGCUUUGGGAGAUAUUACCAAAGGAAAACUGAGAGCAGAGAUUAUAGAGGUAACAUUCUAUCUGCGAUUUUUGGCUGACUUCAUAAACAUACGUUCCUCUUACAUGCCUUCUAAGUAUGAUGUUGAAAAAUGAUUGGCAUUAACUUGUGAAAGGUCUGUGAUCUUUGUGUAGGUGUACAGCAUUUUGAAGCUAAACUUUUCUUAUAAAGUGUUUAUAAAGAUCCUAAACUAUGUAGGAUCAAAGUGAAGCACUUAUGUAACGUUUUAAUGACUUGAUGACUCCUGGACAACAGGACACUCUCUGAAGUGUUAUCUACAACUGAUUGUUCCCAAGAAAAUCAUAGUACACUGUGGAUGCCCAGUAAAACUUUAGCCACAUAUUUCUCAGAAUUAAUAGAAACUUCAUUCAACAGAUAUUCAUUAAACUCCUACCAUUUACUAUUAAGUACUAGGAAUGAAGCUGUAAGCAAGUAAAGGAGGUUGGGGUGUGGCUCGGUGAAAGAGCAGGUGUUUCUAAUUGAAGCCCUGGAUUUAAUACCCAUCACCACAAACAAACAUAGCAGCAGAAAACAAGAGCAAAGUCCUUCUUUCUAGGAAGCUUACUUUCUAGAAGGUGAGGCUGACAAAAGCAAACAAAUAAGUAAAUAUUAUGUUCCUGGUAAUCAUAAAUGACACGUAAAAAAGUAAAUUGGAGGCUGAAAGGGAUAUUAAUCUAUGAGCAAAAGAUUGCUUUUUAAUGGCUGAAGUAACUGCCAAUCCUGAAUGAUGAAUUGCCAGGAACUACUAUUCUUGAUCUAUUGGUUUAAGUUCUAAAGAAAACUCAAAUAGUUCCCUUUAACAGUUAAAUUGCAAACGUUAAAAUGUUAUCAGCCAUACCAAACUUUGCUCUUUCAGUCACAAUUGACUUUUUUUCUUAUUCAUCAUUUGUCCCAAUCUAGGAAGAAUGGAGGCAUUUUUAUCUAGUCAGUGAAACCAAAAGCAUGAUCUUGGAAAGUACUAAAAUUGAUCAACAUCUAGCCAGACUGAAUUGACCAGGAAAAAACUUUUAUGAUUUUUGUAAUUGACUCAAUCAAAAAACAUAAUUAAAAGCAACAUAAUUAAAGCAAAAAACAUAAUUAAAAGCUUUAAGACCAUAACUUGAUUUAAAACAUUAUAAUUAACAAAUUAAAAAUUAUAGUAAGACACUCUUAAAUGAGACUUCUAUUUGAAUACACAAUUUUCUUUUUCUUUUCUAUUUAUGAGAGAGAAUCUCAUGUAGUCCAGUCUGGUCUCAAUCUAAGUACCCAGUUCUCUGCUUUCACCUCUCCAGACCUGGUGUAACAACAGACCUGAUAACACAACAGCCUAAGAAUAGUUUGAUAUUAUUUAUAUUGAAAAAAAUUAAGAUAUUAUUUAUAUAUUAAAACAGUGGUUCUCAACCUGUGGGACAGGACCCCGGGUAGCCAAACCACACUUUCACAGGAGUUGCAUAAAACCAUUAGAGUUGGGGGGGGAAGUAAAAAAAAAAACAUUAGAGUUAUAUAUUUAUAUUAGUAUUCAUAACAGUAGCAAGAUUACAGGUAUGAAGUAGUAAUAAAAAUAAGUUUAUAAUUUAUUUUUAUAUAUAUUCCUACAACAGGAAGGAUGGUAUUAAAUAAUCAAAGCAUUGGAAAGGAUAAGAAUCACUCCAUUAAAGGAACAUAUGGCCCAGUAAGAUACUUAGUUGAUAAAGGCAUUUGCCACCAAGCCUAAUACCCUGAGUUCAGUCCCCAGUAACCACUUGGUAGAAGGUGAAAACUGACUCCAACAAGUUGUCCUCUGACCUUUGUACUUACACAUACACACACACACACACACACUAAAAAUAUUUAUUUAGUGGAUCUACUGGAUCUCACUUUAUAGUUACAACUUUCCUGGAACUAGCUAAAAUGAUCAGGCUGGUCUCAAAUACAUUUCUGCCAAGUGAUGGAAUGAAUUAAAGGCGUGUGCCACCACAUUUGGCUAAAUACAUUUUAAAGAAAGAUAUAAAGCUGUGGUGAUGUCCCAUGUCUUAGUCUCAACACUUAAGAGGCAGAGGCAGGAGGAUUGCUUUAAGUUUGAGAUCAUUGUGGUCCACAGAGCAAGUUCCAGGAUAGCAAGGGCUAAACAGAGAAACCCUGUCUCAAAGGAAAAGAAAAGAAGAAAAAAGAAAAGAAAAAGCAAAGUUAGCUGGUCCUAAAUCAAAGUUUGAAUAUGUUGUUUGUGAUCUUAAGUUUCCAAGUAAACAAGUUAGCCAUGUUGAUUGACCAUAAGAAGAACAUUUCUUAAAAUAUAUAUUGGCUCUUUAGGCUAAUUUGAAUAUUUAUUUAUUUUUGGAUAAUUUAGAAAGAAGCUUAAAGGUAGGCAUAGGGUCAUACCUAUAGUAUUAGCUGCUCAGAAGUCUGAACCCCAGAGGUCAAAACUGGUUAGGGUUACUUAGUGAGACCCCCGUCUAAAAGUAAAAUAAGAGAAAUUUCUUCCUUGUGUCAUUUCCACCAUUUCUUCUCCUUUGAAAUGGCAUCCUUGGGUCUCAGUCAUGAGUAUAGUUAACAAGUAAGUUCAUUGUCCCUGCAGUACCUGAUCUCAACUUACUGCAUGUUUUCUCUCCAUAGAAUUAAGAAGUGUUUGUAGGUGUUUUGUUACUUCCCAUUUCCAGCAGCUUCAGGCUGUCUACCCCCACUGUUGGGAUUGGCGUUUCCUUGAGACUAAAGAACUGCCAUUGUGACAUCUUGGUGGCCUUCUCCUAAAGUCUUUAGUAGAUAACUUUUAAUUUCUUCAUAAAACAAUUGUUAUAAGCUAAGAGAAAAUAUGAACUCUAGCUGACAAUUAGGAUUUUUCAAUUAUGACUAUAAUUCUGAAAAAUUAUUUAUCUUUAGUUAAUGAAGGAAAUGAUCUCCAGUUUUAUUAGAAUAUUAAGAAACUGUGAUGUAUUGUGUCUCAUAAGUCACUCUUUUAUUGUAUACCAGCUUUUGAAUGAAAGUAUCUAGUGGAUGAGAGGAGCAAUAAUUUGAUUAGAAAUAUUGACUGUCUGCCUAUCAUUUUAAAAUUUUAUUAUUUUGGAUAUAACCAGUUCAAAUUAGAACCCUGUGAAUUAAAAGGCUAAGAAAUAAUAAUGGGACUAUGUCAAUUUGAUUCAUGUUUUUCAUACUUGAAGAAUUUUAGCGAAAAAUUUGAAGAUAUAAAUUGUUAUAGUCUUAUGGGGGCUGUGAACAUGCAUUGCUUUUUUAGCUUCUGACUUCCUACACACCAUUGUGGCUAUGUCUGACUUGAAAUAAAUUUGUCUUGUGUGCUGUGUCAGCAUCAUGACCUGA